GCUAGUUUGUGCUCCUGGUGCGCGUCCUAAUAGGCUCUGUACAGCAGCUAGCCUUAUCUAAUAAUCCAGACACACCGUGGGGCCACAAUGUAGCGAGGUAUGAUUAAAAACAGACAGUUGGCUGCCGCGCGACAGCGGGAAAACUUUCUCGGACGCUACCAUGUUUCUUUACCUACUGUUGCCUCAGCUAGUUUCCUAUAACAUCUCUGUGUUGCAGCACUCAGGCAGUCCUUUAGAUAUUUUUGCAUUUGUGUCUAACAUGUCUGUAGACUGGGUAGGAUAUGGAUACGCAGCCCUCAUCGCAUCCGGGGGAGUCAUUGGUUAUGUGAAAGCAGGCAGUGUCCCCUCCCUGGCUGCUGGUGCUCUCUUCGGGGGCCUAGCAGGACUUGGUGCCUACCAGAUCUCCAAUGACCCCAAUAAUAUUUGGGUGUCCCUUGUUACAUCAGGAGCUCUCACUGGCGUCAUGGGAAAGAGGUUCUAUGGAUCCAGGAAGCUAAUGCCAGCUGGACUAAUGGCUGGAGCAAGUCUCCUGAUGGUGGGAAAGCUUAGUUUGGCAUUACUCCAGAAACCCCAGCAGUCCUGAUGGAGUUAAGAUUCUGAUGUGUACCCCAGCUUCUGUUUCAGGAGUGACCUGUCAGCAUUUGUCAUUUACCGAUUGUCAUUUUCUAAAAGUGUACAUUUGAGGAAGAAAUAUAGUAAGUUGUUUAUAUAAUA